AUGAGUGGCGAUUGUAUUAUCGAUAUAAAGCACCGGAGAAUAUGCCAGAAGUGUCGGCUCAGGAAGUGCUUUAAUGUCGGAAUGAAAAGAGAAUGGAUUCUUAAUGAAGAGGAGAAGGCGUUGAGAAGACAUCAAAUCGAGGAAAACAGAAAGUGGAGAACAAUUGGCUUGAAAUACAAAUAUUAUGACAAUUCAAUUACCAGUACUUCAUCUGAUGUGUCAAUCAAUGAAACAAUUGAUAAUACAGUGGAUAAUACCAUAAGAGAUGAUGAGAUCAGUGAAUGUAUUACACAAAUGGCAAACAAUGAUCCAAAUGAGAUGACAGAUGCGAUAAAUGUAAACCAUAUAUCUGUAAAUUCUUCAGACAAUGUGUCCAUUUUUACUGAUGUAAACCAAAUACAAAACAUGUGUAUCAGUGAUAACACCAGCGAUAACUCGAUGGCUAUCGACAUAUUCAGCGCUAAUAAUAACGGCCAAGAUAAUUGGGUAGCACUGUCUUUGGAGUCAAUCACAGGUCUACAAACCGAUAUUCACAGCCUAUUUAAGUCUUAUUUUGAAACUUUUGUCACGCAUUUUGACUCUGAUAUACAUAUUCUUGAAUUGAUAAUGCCUGUACUCCUAUUCAAUCCCGAUCUGCCAAACAUUAUCAACAGAGAUAGCAUAGAACUACAACAACAGCUAUACCUGUAUUUACUUCAGAAAUAUUUGCGUAUAAAAUAUGGCAACGAUUUUGACAACAAAUAUGCAAAAUUUAUAUAA